GAAGCUAGAAGGUGGCAGCCGAACAGGGCACCUCCCUCCAGCUCUGUCAUCCCACGGCUCCAGGACCCUGUCCUCCUCCCCCGACAGUGGCCCGACCGGGUCUCCGGUGCUCACACGAGGCGGCCUGGCACGGGCGCGCCUGGGUGAGGCCUGGGUGAGGGCAGGGGCGGAGAGUCCUGGGCGUGAAGGCAGCCAAGUCCGGGGCUCAGCACACCUGACAGCACCCAGAGGCCUGUGGCUCCACAGGGCGGGGCCCGCGUGCCCCGCCCCCAGGCCUCCCCUCCUUCCGCUCUCCGUCUCCGUCUCCGUGCCGUUGCCCUCCCACCCACCGCACCUUUGCCUGCCACUGCUGUUCAUCCUUCAGGCCCGACCUCCCCACGUGUCCAGACCCCAGUGCCCUGCCUUCGCUCCGUGCUCACAGCCGCCUCUCCCCACAGCCCUCGGCAGAGAGCGUAUCCCUCAGGACUCGUCUAGGGACCCUUCUUCCUCCCCUGGUCGACUGGAGGCACCCCAAGUGUUCACCAGCCUGUACUCAGGGCCUGCGUCCUGCCGGGUGUGAUGUGCUCAGUAAAUACCUGUCCUCUGGACGGAGAAGUGUAAGGACGGAUGACUGGAUGGGCAGACACGCUGGAGGCUGAUGGAUGAGAAGGUGGACGGAUACAGGGGUGGCUGGGUGACUCGGUGGGCGGACUGACGGCCUGGGUCGGGAUUCCAGCACCGUCACUCACAGCUGUGUGACCUUGGAGAGAGACUUAACCUCUCUGGCCUCAGUUUUGUCAUCUGUGAAAUGAGAGUGAAACAGUACCUCCUCAUAGGUUGUGAGGUUGAGGGUGAGCUCGUGUGCCUGUGGGUACGAGUGUGUGUGUGUCCCUGUGGGACAGUGAGCUCGAGUGUCAGUGUGCACGAGCGUGAAGGCCUUGGUGCACACGUGAAUGUGUUUGCGUGAGCAUUCAUGAGUGAGCAUAUGCGUGUGUGCGGAGGUUCGUGUGCAGUUGUGAGUCUAAGUGUGGCGUGUUCACGUGUGUGCAUGAUUGUUUGGGGUCCACAGGCGAGGGAGGGCAGUGAAGGCAUGUGUGCACAGUGCGGGUGAGGCGGAGUGUGCCGACCGUGUGCGUGUGUGUGAAUUGACGUGAAGGGCGCAUGUGACGGUGUGUGUGCACAUGUGUGUGUGUGUGCACGUAUAUGUGUGCGUGCGUGUGCACCGGGGUUGGUGAAGCAGCUCCCGCCUGCAUCCGGGGAACCAGAGUCACCCCAAACAGGGUCCCCGUCUGGAGACUGGAUUUUUGGCCCCACCCCAGCCCCCUCCUCCCAGCCCAGAAGCUGGAACAGAGGUCAGGAGGUCAGGGGCUGGAGCCAGGCCACAAGGGGCCUGUCCCACAGUGGGACACGUGCCCUGAAGGCCGGGUGCCCAGGGAGUGUUGCUGGGGGAAGGCUGGGUGCCCGUCUGCUUUACCACAUCUCUGCCUGGCGAUGAGAAAACGGAGGCUCCCAGAGGUCAGUCCCUUCCCGGGUCUCACGCUGGGACAGGGCAGGGGUUGGAGUGCACGUGAGUCAGGCGCCCAGGCUCUCUCCCCGCAUCUGUCUGCCAGGGAUGUGAGGCCGCGUGACCGAGAAAACCUACUUGGCCUCGAAGGAGAGCAGUGGACACGGCCCUGAACCCCGCCCCCCACCCCCGCCCAGUGAGGCUUUGCUCUCAACCCCUUGAGGGCUCGAGUCUCUGCUUUGAUUAAGAGGCCCUCCGUCCCCGGAAGCAAGACCCAGCCCGGGCUGCAGGGGCAUCCCUGCCUGCUGACGGUGGUCUCACCUGACCGCCUGCAGGGUAGGAGUCCCAUCCCACCCCCCUGCAUCCUGGUUUAAGAAUAACUCUUAGCCCCGGGCAAGUGGCUUUCCAUAUGUAAUCGUGACACCCCAGAGCUCAGAGAAGUGAAAGGCAGCACCUGGGGCCCGGCUCGCAGGGGUCAGCUGGGAGUUGAGCCGGAUCAGCCCGGCUCCAGAGCCCAUCACGGGUCAGGUCCACAAGCCACAGGCCACCUGAGGGCAAGAUCACGUCCAGGCGGGAGGGGCGGCCCCUGAGCUGGGCCUGCGAGGGUCUCAGGAGGGAUGGGGGCCCCACCGCAGGCACAGGGAACACUGGGCAAAGGUGUGGAGGCGGGGGAGGGAGGGCUGCCGAGGAAGGCUCAGGCAGACCAGGAACUUUGGCUUUCGAUCCGAUGGGACUAGGGAGCCGUGGCAGGUGUUUGCGCAGCGAGGGGUCGGCCGUGCUCAGGGCUCUGGGCUGGCCGCGAACUGGGGGUGGAUGGGAGGAGCCCAGGUGAGAGGCAGUUAGAAGGGCCAGGGGUAACUGUCACAAGCUUGAAUGAGGGUGAAAGUCACUGGAGGAGGAAGACACCAGGGGACACGCAGCCGACGUCAGAACAGCCCAGGGCGCUGAGGAGAGCCGCAGCUGGGACAGCCUGGAGGGAGGGGCGCGCAGGCAGCGGGGUGGCAUCACGCACAGGCCGUGGGGUGGCAUCACGGGCCCCGCACCUGGCAGGCGCCCAGUACAGAGACCAUCCAUGGGAGGAAGGAGGCCAUCGUGGCUCUAGGUCAGCACAGGUCAUGCUUUCUCCCCGUUCCCACAGCUCUGCCUUCUACACCCCCUGCCCGGUGGCCCCGGAAGAACCCCGCUGGGCCAGCAGGGACAGUGCCAGCCUAGUCCCGUGUCUACCGCGCACCCAUAUGGCUUCCUCUCCAUCCACCCUCCCCCUCCCUGUCCUUAUCUUUCCCUCCCGUCUCCAUGGCGACUCACCACCCCGGCUUGCCUGCAUCCCAGCCUCUGCCAGGGAUUCUGGGCCCGGCUCUGUCCCUCCCUCUGGAGCCCUGGUUCCUGCAGUCCUGUCUCCUCCCCCUGGGGUGAGUCCAGAGGCAGCCUCCUCUUUCCCGACUGUCACAUCCAUUUUCCAGCCCUGCCGACUUGUGUCCUCUGGGGAGACCCCCCCAGCCUCCACUGGCCACAGCUCCGCCAGCCCUUCCGGGAGGGAAGCCAGCCUCAGCGCCGCCAAAGGUCUCCUGGGUGUCCUGCCUGCUCCCGGACCCUCUCCCGGACCCUCUCCUGGACCCUCUCCCCACGCCAGCCUCCCAUGCCGAGGUCUGCCUUGUCAGUCAUUUCCUUUUGUCACCGGCUUGGCAAACAGGAGAGAAAACAGAGCUUCAUGGGCAACAGCAGCAACAGUUGGUCCCACGCACCAUUCCCCAAGUUGGACCUGGGGCUGGGGUCCCGACCUGUGGCACCCCGGGAGCCGCCCGCCUGCUCCAUCUGCCUGGAGAGGCCGCGCGAGCCCAUCUCUCUGGACUGUGGCCACGACUUCUGCCCGCGGUGCUUCAGCACCCACCGUGUCCCCGGCUGCGGGCCGCCCUGCUGCCCCGAGUGCCGCAAGACCUGCAAGCAGAAGGGCCUCCGGGGCCUGGGGGAGAGGAUGAGGCUCCUGCCACGGAGGCCGCUGCCCACCGCGCUGCAGGAGACCUGCGCAGUGAGGGCCCAGCCGCUGCUGCUGGUGCGUGUCAACGCCUCCGGGGGCCUCAUCCUGAGGAUGGGGGCCGUCAACCGCUGCCUGAAGCACCCGCUGGCCAGGGACACCCCCGUCUGCCUCCUUGCCGUCCUGGGAGAGCGGCACUCAGGGAAGACCUUCCUCCUAAACCACCUGCUUCAGGGCCUGCCCGGCCUGGAGCCCGGCGAGGGCGGCUGGCCGAGGGAAGGGUGCUCCGGGCAGGGCUUCCGGUGGGGAGCUAACAGCCUCACCAGGGGCCUCUGGAUGUGGAGUCAUCCCUUCCUGCUGGGGAAGGAGGGGAGGAAGGUGGCCGUGUUCCUGGUGGACACGGGGGACGCCAUGAGCCCUGAACUGAGCAGGGAAACGAGGACCCGGCUCUGCGCUCUCACCUCCAUGCUGAGCUCCUACCAGAUCCUCACGGCCUUCCAGGAGCUGAAGGAUACAGACCUGGAGUAUCUGGAGAUGUUUGUCCACGUGGCCGAGGUGAUGGGCAGGCAUUAUGGGAUGGUGCCAAUCCAGCACCUGGACCUCUUAGUUCGUGACUCAUCCCACCCCAGCAAGGCGGGGCAGGGGCAUGUAGGCGACAUCAUCAAGAAGUCAUCCGGCAAAUACCCCAAGGUUCAGGGGCUGCUUCAAGGAAGGCGAGCCCGCUGCUGCCUCCUGCCGGCUCCCAGGAGGCAGUGGGCGAGCAAAGGCCACGGAAGCCCGGGUGACACAGAUGAUGAUGCUGGCCACCUCCGCGCCUACGUGGCCGAUGUGCUGAGCGCGGCCCCCCCUCAUGCCAAGAGCCGCUGCCAGGGCUACUGGAGCGAGGGGCGCCCCGCGGCCCGGGGGGACAGACGCCUGCUCACGGGGCAGCAGCUGGCUCAGGAAAUCAAGAACCUCUCGGGCUGGAUGGGCAGGACGGGGCCUGGGUGCGCCUCUCCGGAUGAGGUAUGGGGCUACAGGGAGGACGCGGGUGGGAGGCGAGCCGGGCUCCCCGAGAUGGAGCGGGGGGCCCGGCAGCGCCCAGCGGGGGAAAGGAGGGAGGCAGCCGGGUUUUGCCGUGGACAGAUGGCUGCCCAGCUGCACGACCUUCGGACGGUGGAGGCUGCCAAGAAGGAGUUUGAGGAGUACUUGCGGCAGCAGGACGUGGCCACCAAGCGCAUAUUCUCUGCGCUCCGGGUGCUGCCAGACACCAUGCGGAACCUCCUGUCGACCCAGAAGGACGCGCUCCUGGCUCGGCACGGGGCGGCCUUGCUAUGCACGGGGAGGGAGCAGACCUUAGAGGCCCUGGAGGCCGAGCUGCAGGCCGAGGCCAAGGCCUUCAUGGACUCCUACACCGUGCGUUUCUGCGGCCACCUGGCCGCUGUGGGCGGCGCCGUGGGCGCGGGGCUCAUGGGCCUGGCGGGGGGCGUGGUGGGUGCCGGCAUGGCCGCCGCGGCGCUGGCCGCAGAAGCUGGGAUGGUGGCCGCGGGAGCUGCAGUGGGGGCCACGGGGGCAGCCGUGGUCGGGGGAGGCGUGGGUGCCGGGUUGGCGGCCACGGUGGGCUGCAUGGAGAGGGAGGAGGACGAGAGAGUGCAGGAGGGGGACCGGGCGCCCCUGCUGCAGGAGGAGUGACCGCCCGCCAGAUGCUCCAGGGAAGGAGAGCUGCCGGGGGGGAGGGGAGGGAUGGGGGCCGCUGUUCCAAGGGCCCGUGUGUGCCACACCACCCUGGUUGAACGCCCCAUCUGGGUGGUGACUGGUGACCGAGAAUCGAGGAGACCUCAGGGCCGGCGGCAGAGUGUGAGCCUGGACAGAGUCUGGGGCUGUUUCCGUUGCAGACGACUGCUAACCUGCCUCUCUUCCCAGAUAGACUGGACCCCAGGGUCUCCCGCCAAGAUCGUGGCCCACCCUCCCCGCCCUGGCUUAUUUCCCGAGAUGGUAGGGGGGCUAAGCGGGCGCCAUUCUGGAAGUCUCCCCUUCAGAGGCGGGAGCAGCCCCAGGAUGGGUGACCUAGGUGUUCAAGAUUGGGAGCCCUGAUAAGAGGCUGGGGAAGGAGCAGGAGGGGCCCCCGGGCAAAGCCAAAGAGUCCGGGUGGUGCACGGUGGCCUGCCCCCCUGAGUGGAGACUCUUUCCAAAGCUACCCCAGCAGGACGGGGGCCACCCCCUUCUCCCGCAGCCCCGGGGAGCCCACAUGUGCACCGGGAAUGGGGUUCCCUUACGUGUCCCUCGUGGUCGUGCCCUUUGUCCAGCCUGGUCAGUGCCCAUGUUCUUUGUGGAAUGCCAUCCCAGCAACAGGUCCAAAGCCAAAGAAAACACCUGUAGUUGCAUUCUGAGCUCCAUCGACAGUCCUCAUAGCAGAUUCUAUGAAAGUCCUGGGGGGACACAUCCAUGGAACAUGCCCGCCCCCCUCAGCCUAGGGGAGACACCUCCGUCCAUGUUAGCAGGAGACCUGGAUGCACCCCCAGGAGGACAGCAAAGCCCCACAAGGAGGGCUUCUAGGCUAUUCAACUGCAAAGGAUUAAUGGGCGCGUCAUACGCAAAAUAAAAUGUGUGUGCUUGAG